UGAUAUUUUCCCCUAUAAAUCCGAUCAAGGGGCGGCAUCGUUUGGCAAUUAGGUUUUCGUCGGUUCCUGUUUCGCCCUUCGAUAGAAUUUCUGGUUCCAUCGAAAGCCCUUCGUCUCUUCGAGGGUUCAUCUUCCACAGCGAACAUGGCUGAAUCCCCUCGCAGAAGAUAUUCCCAGUCUCCUUCUCCCUAUGGAGCACGCUCUCGAUCUAGAUCCAGGUCAAGAUCCAGAUCCUGGUCAAGGCCAAGAGGCAGAUCUAGAUCGAGGUCCAGAAGUCGUGGAAGGUCUGAAGUUGUGAAUCAAGGAAAUACAUUGUAUGUGACUGGUUUAUCUACAAGAGUCACUGAAAGAGACCUUGAAGACCAUUUCAACAAGGAGGGAAAGGUAAGUUCAUGUUUUUUGGUUGUGGAGCCCCGUACUCGUGCCUCUCGUGGUUUCGCCUUUAUCACAAUGGAAACUGUUGAAGAUGCUACUCGCUGCAUCAAGCGUCUCCAUCAGUCAGUUUUAGAUGGUCGAUGCAUUACUGUGGAGAGGUCCCGGAGGAAACGCCCCAGAACUCCCACACCUGGUCACUAUCUUGGGCUGAAAAACACAAGGGACCACGGCUAUCGGGGUGACCGUGGAAGGUAUCGUGGAGGGCGGGAUGAUUAUGGGUAUCGCAGGUCUCCAAGGCGCUCGCCUUAUAAAGGUGGUCGCGAUUACUCCCCCAGGCGUUCUCCUUAUGGUGGAGGAAGAUCAAGAAGAGAGCGGUCAAGGUCACUUCCAUAUUCACCAUAUGCUAGUCCUGGACGACACUAUAGUCAUCGUUCUAGGUAACAUUGCUCAGUUGUUGAUGGUAUCCUUGUUCAAGUUGGCAGACAAAAAGACUCAUUUUGGGGAUGUGUUUUGAACCUUUUUUAGUCCGUGUCUUGCUGAGCGGCGCCUUUUUUGUUGAUUAAGGAUUGCUACAUUGCCAGCCAGCCAUGUUUCCAUUUUCAACAGUUGCUUUUGGUGGAGUGAGUUUCUGUAACAUAAGAAUGGAGCAUUGUGUAAUUUCUAGUUGGUGGUUAUUCUGGGCAGAGGCUGACUAAAUUGUUGGGCUUGUGAGUUUUGGCCUCUCCCCAUGUUAUUAAAUUUAAUGCGUUAGCAGGUUUAGGUUUGGUACACAAUUUGCCCUAUUUUUAAAUGCCAAGGAACUUGCGGUUUGAUGUAUUGUAGGAAA